AUGACAGCGGACGAGACGAUCAACAUCAAGGAGGCGGAGGUGAUCAAGCUGAUCCUGGAUUUCCUCAACUCCAGGAAGCUGCACAUCAGCAUGCUAGCCUUAGAGAAGGAGGGCGGCGUCAUUAAUGGACUUUACUCUGAUGACAUGCUUUUUCUCAGGCAGCUGAUUCUGGACGGCCAAUGGGAUGAAGUGAUGCAGUUCAUUCAACCUCUGGAAGGAAUGGACACAUUUGACAAGAAAAGGUUCCGCUACAUCGUUCUGAAGCAGAAGUUUCUGGAAGCUCUCUGUGUAAACAAUGCCAUGUCUGCAGCCGAGGAUCCUCAGAAUCUAGAGCUCACCAUGCAGGAGGCGGUCAAGUGUCUCCACAACCUGGAGGACCUCUGCCCGUCUAAGGAUGACUACAGCAAGUUGUGUCUUCUCCUCACCCUGCCUCGCCUCACCCACCACGCGGAGUUCAAAGACUGGAACCCAAGCACCGCGCGUGUCCACUGCUUUGAAGAAGCCUGCAUUAUGGUUGCCGAGUUCAUUCCUGCGGACAGGAAGCUGAGUGAGGCAGGCUUCAGGGCGAGUGGGAAUCGCCUCUUCCAACUGCUCAUUAAAGGGAUCCUUUAUGAGUGCUGUGUCGAGUUUUGUCAGAGUAAAGCGACUGGAGAGGAAAUCACAGAGGGGGAGGUGCUGCUCGGCGUGGAUCUGCUCUGUGGGAACGGCUGUGAUGAAGUGGAUUUGUCGCUGCUCUCCUGGCUGCAGAACCUCACUCCAGGUGCCUUCUCCUGCGCCUUCCAGCAGCAGACCCUCAACAUCCACGUGGACCGGCUGGUGAAGCCCAGCAAGGCGGGCCACGCCGACCUCCUGACUCCAAUAAUCAACCGCCUGUCUCCCUGCCCUGCCUCACCCUUUCGCCACAGGCCUCAUUCAGCCGAUACCUACAUGUCCAGAUCUCUCAAUCCAGCUCUGGACGGCCUGUCCCACGGUCUGGCCGCACAGGACAAGAGAGGCAUGGAGGCCAACGUGAAGUCUACUCUCAGUCGGAGCCUGGUGGAGAAUAAUGUGCAUCAGCAAGACGAUUCGCCUGAGAGGAAGCAGCCACAAAGACUGGAUGGUCCCAACAUCACACGCACACCCCUGACUCCUGGAAAAGAUGGUGGGCCGCCCUGCAGCACAGAAACAAACGAGCCUGGUGACUCCACUGAGCACAUACAGGAGUUUUACAGGCAGCGCCUCCGUGUGCAGCAACAUCUGGAACAGAAGCAGCAGCAGAGGCAGCUUUACCAGCAGAUGCUGCUGGAGGGAGGAGUGAAGCCACAAGAUGGAGCCAAACACAACCUCACAGAGACCUUUCUCAGCAGGUCCAUUCAGAAGUUGGAGGAGAUGAAUGUGGGUAUUGACCACAGAGGAGACGAGGUGAUGACACAUCUGGGCCAGCAGUGUAACGGACUGGCAGGAAACGACAGUGUCUCUAGUCCUCAGACGACCAACACUGGCCAUACUCCAGACACCGGGCUGCAGAGGGACAAGCAUGGUGGUGUGAGCAGCAGCACUCCAUUAAGGACCGGCAGCCACGACUUGCCUUCCCUCAGCGAGUCUCCAGUUCCUGUCAGUCACAGUGCCGAGAGGAUCAGAGCAUCGUGUCCCACGCCGCAAGACGAUUCAGGCUGCACUACGACACGCAGCCCACAAGAGCUGGGGAAAUCCAAAACACAGUAUUUUAAAGUGAGCCAGCUCGAGGACACACAGGCAGUGCGUGCAGUGGCCUUCCACCCUUCAGGAGCUCUCUAUGCUGUCGGCUCCAAUUCAAAAACCCUGAGAGUCUGCGCCUACCCAGAGACCCUGCCUACCAGUAGCUCCGGUACAGUUAAGCAGCCAGUUGUGCGCUUCCGGCGAAACAAACACCACAAGGGCUCAAUCUACUGUGUAGCCUGGAGCCACUGUGGACAACUGCUGGCCACUGGCUCCAAUGAUAAAUAUGUCAAAGUCCUGCCUUUCAAUGCAGACAGCUGCAAUGCCACAGGCCCAGACCUGGAGUUCAGCAUGCACGAUGGCACCAUCAGAGACCUGGCCUUCUUGGAGGGUCCCGAGAGUGGAGGAUCCAUUCUGAUCAGCGCUGGUGCGGGAGACUGCAACAUCUACACAACCGACUGUCAGAGAGGACAAGGCCUUCACGCACUGAGCGGACACACUGGCCACGUUCUGACUCUGUACACAUGGGGAGGGUGGAUGAUCGCCUCCGGCUCGCAGGACAAGACGGUUCGUUUCUGGGACCUUCGGGUGCCCAGCUGUGUGCGGGUGGUAGGCACAACUCUGCACGGCUCAGGCAGUGCAGUUGCUUCAGUAGCAGUGGAUCCCAGUGGCCGCCUGCUUGCCACCGGUCAGGAGGACAGUACCUGUUUGUUGUACGACAUAAGAGGAGGACGCAUAGUGCAGACGUACCGUCCCCACAGCAGCGACAUACGCUCCGUGCGAUUCUCGCCAGGAGCCCAUCAUCUUCUGACCGGCUCGUAUGACAACAAAAUAAUCAUCAGUGACCUGCAAGGUGAUCUAACAAAGCCCCUCCCUCAGACAGUGGCAGGGGAACACUGGGACAAGGUGAUCCAGUGCAGGUGGCACCCCCAUGAUGGGACCUUCCUUUCCUCAUCUGCAGAUAAAACUGUCGUCCUCUGGGCUACAGGUUCCUAAAAG